AUGGAGGGAAAUCCUGGGACUUUUCGAGCUCCGUUGGCGGGAACAGAAGUGACUGUAAGUGAAUUUUUAAAGAACACGAAGACGCUGCUGAGGAUUGUGCUUAUUUUCUACAAUUUUAUUAUGUUUUCUGCUCAAGUAUCCAUUGCUCAUGACAGUAGGGAUCAUUGCGUUUUCUUCGAACAGUCAAAGUGCAACUUUCACAUGCUCGUCAGCACACUGGGCUUGUUUACCAGCGUUUUCUUCCUGGUCGUGGACUGGCAGUUCGUGAAGAUCUCGUCCGCCCAGAAGCGAAAACUCUUGACUCAAUGUGAACUCGUGAUUAACGCUGCUGUUGGCUUUUUUACUUUCGUUGCUUUUUGUUCUUCAAUUUCCGGUUUCCAUUCUUUCCCCGCCGACGAAAUUCCCGAGGUUGAAUUCGUGCUGGAAUCCUCUGCAAAAGCUAUUCUAUCGUUCACCUUCUUCUCGAUCCCUGCCUGGGCCUGGAUUACGUUCAUUUCUUUUAGAAAUUAUCAAAAAGGUUUUUACUACUUAUAUGAUAGAGUAGAAGAAGGAGUUCUGUCGGCCUUUGCAGACCCCAACGACGCUCAAGAAGCAACUCCUUACGAAUCCAUCCCCAACGCUCAUCAGCUAAACCUCAAUUGGGAUGAGCAGUCGUUCCGUCCCGUUCCGUUCUCCGACGAGUUCAACAAGUCCACGCCAAAUCAGCCGAAAAAUACUUAUUGA